AACCCCAAGUUUACCCUCACAUUAUCUCCCUCCAAAUUUUCAACUAACCAUGAAAUUCAAUCUCAUCAAUUCUCAUGGCCAUUCUCCUCUCCCUAAAUUCCCACACUCCAAACCCUCCCAAAAUCCCAAACCCAUCAAUCCCCAACACCUCUGCUCUCCUAAAGAGACAAUUUUUAUUAAAAACCACUUCACUUGCUCUCAUUUCUCUACCAAUUCAACCCCAAUUUGCACACUCCUUAGCUGAAUCUUCUUCUCCUCCAAGACCGGGUCUUUCUGGCAUUGCCAACACCAAAUCUUGGUUCAAGUUCUAUGGUGAUGGUUUUUCCAUUCGGGUCCCUCCUCAGUUUGAGGACAUCAUGGAGCCAGAGGAUUUUAAUGCUGGACUAUCUUUAUAUGGUGAUAAGGCAAAGCCAAGGACUUUUGCAGCACGUUUUGCAAAUUCAGAUGGAUCAGAAGUUCUCAGUGUAGUCAUUCGUCCCUCCAAUCAACUCAAGAUAACCUUCUUAGAGGCUAAGGAUAUUGCGGAUUUAGGUUCAUUGAAGGUGGCUGCGAGAAUUUUUGUUCCAGGUGGAUCAAAUUUGUACUCUGCUCGAACAAUAAAAAUAAAGGAAGAGGAAGGUUUUAGAACCUAUUACUUCUAUGAAUUCGGCAGAGAUGAACAGCGCGUGGCAUUAGUAGCUGCUGUUAACAGCGGAAAGGUAAUAAUUGCUGGAGCAACUGCUCCAGAGUCUAAAUGGGACAGUGAUGGUGUGAAGCUUCGCUCUGCUGCUGUUUCGCUGACAGUUUUAUAGUCCUCUGCUAAUAUCUUUUAUUAGAGCUUCUCCAGUUAUAAUCGUUGCUGCCUCUCGAGUCUGGCCACUUUCGGUCAAUCCUCAGGUUCCAGCUUUUGAACUGGAGAAUUUACAAAAUUGGAAAACCUUAUGACCGUUGUCUUUGUAUAAAUAUUAAAUAAGAAGCCCACAACAACAGCAUACCAAAUUUUUAAUAAUUCUAACAUGCUGCCUUUUCUUUUUCUCCCUCUUCUGGCGGGUUUCUAGAAUCUUGGCUCCUGCUGCAUACUUUACGCAAUGCCAUUGCGUUCUGAACAUACCAAGCAACCAAAACAGAGAUCUGUGUUUUUAUACUCUUCGUUGUCUACCCUGCAUCAUGCUUGAUGUUUGUUGGCAAAGACUGCAGCUUAGAGCUUAUAGCGUGAAAAUUUUGACUUGAAGACUUUUUGUCGGUUUUAAGAUUGUUAAAAGCCAAUUUAUGUUCAUCUGAUUGUAGACAAAUCGAAUGUAUAUUGUUCCUUCAGCAUCAUACUGAAGGCGAGUUUGUAUUAUAAAUUUUAAGUGACAUUGAACUCAACUCAAUUUUGAGUUAAUUGAGAUCAGUUUUAGUGAUUGCUACCUUCCAUUCUUAAA